CCCUUUUUUAUCAGUAACCCUUUUAAUUUUUGUCGCAAAAUUCAAAAUUCGCCAAAACCCUUUCGAGAUCUCAGCCGAUAUCGAAGGAUCUUGCAAUGGCCAAAAGAGACAUCUUACCCGUAUUUCCCUCUCGAGCCAAUUCAGUGAUCAUGAAGCAGCGGGUUUUGGCGGCGAGGAGAGGAGUGGGUCUUUUGAAGCGGAAGCGGGAUGCCAUCGAUAUGAAGCUGCGGGAGUUGCGGCGCAUGCGGUUCGACCAGGACUUAAAGUCGGACGAUAUGAUGCGCAAUGCGAUCUUCUCGAUGGCCAAGGCGAAUCUCCUGGGCGCGGACUUCAAGCCGCAGAUGGUGAGCCACACUCGCGUGGCCACCGCUUUUCUCCGUCGAACGGAGAUCAAAAUCGUGGGCGUCAAGCUGAACGUUCUGGAGCUGGAAACUAAGGGCCAAGGGGCCUUUCCCUUGGCCGGACUCAGUUGCGGCGGGAUGCAGGUUCAAAAGAUCAGGGACAGCUAUACGAAGGCCCUCAAGGAGGUCGUGGAGUUGGCCUCCAUCGACUACCAGGUUCGGAUGUUGGAGGCCGCCUCCCUCCAGACCAACAUGAGGGUCAACGCUUUGGAGCAUGUGGUCAUUCCCAUCCUGCAAAACACCUACAACUACAUUUGCGGGGAGCUGGAGGAGUUCGAGCGGGAGGACUUCUACCGGCUGAAACGUUCGCAGGCCAAGCAGCUGGAGGCCAAAAUGGCCUUCAGCGAGCUGAUCAAGACGAAGAACAUGACCGAGGAGCAGCUGGAGACGUACAUCAAGAAGAACCUAAACGCAGCCCGUCCAGCGCCGGACACCCUGUUCGAUCCCGACGAGUUCGAGAAGCGGGAGGUGAAGAGGCGGGUGCGGGAGGCCCGACUGACCGUGGGUCAGCGCCGGGAACUGGAGAAGAAGGAGGCCCUGGAGCGGGGAGAAAUCCCCCAGCCGACCAGCUAUAUCACCACGAGGAGCGCCAUGAGCAUCAUUAAUCGCCAGAGGGAUCCGCGUGCAAGCAGUGGAGAUCUGUACAGCACAAAGCGAAUGCUCCACUCCGCCAUUUUGAAGUAACCAAGUUUGGGGCUUAGCUUUCGGAUCUGGAACUAAAUUCAAUUAAACUUGACAAAGGCCCUGCUUUAGUUGCCUAACAUGUUAAUUCUUCUAAAAAAUAUCAAAUUUUUUAUAUCAAUAAAACUUUACUAAAGUUA